AUCUAUUACUUUGUCUCAUUUUAUGAGUAGUGUUCACUGCUCUCAACUGUGCUCUCUUGCUACACUUUUUUUCUCCCUCUUCACUCUUCACACAUCAUUUGCUUCCAAUUUUUCGGGCUCAACCAAAUCACUGACACUCCCCAACUAAAAAACAAUUUUAGAAUAUGCAAAUUUGCUGGUGAAGGAUGAGCAGUUCUUAUGGAAAAAUAGUAAAGAGCUACAGUUGAAUGUAUAUGCAGAGAGGAGGUGGACCAGCAGAAAUUCUCCAAAAGAGUCUCAUUCGGACCUCUUUUAGGCGAGACAUCUUUUACGAUCUCAUUACAAAAAAUGAGUGUUAUGAAGCAACGUAUUCCAUCCAACUUCCCUUGCAAUGCCGAACUUGAGGUGGACAAGAUCAGCAACUUACCAGCACAGAUUGUUGACAAGAUUUUGUCUCAUUUGUCACUCAGGGAUGCUGUGAGGACAAGCGUCUUGUCCAGUAAAUGGAGAUACAAAUGGGUUUCUCUUCCAAACCUUGUAUUUGACAAUCAAUCUCUUUUGAUUUCAUCCCAAGACCAAACCUUCAUAAAAAAUAAGAUAGUUAACAUUGUUGAUCAUGUUCUCUUACUUCAUUCUGGUCCCAUACAAAAGUUCAAGCUUUCUCAUCGGGAUCUUCAAGGGGUGUGUGAUAUUGAUAGAUGGAUUCUUUUUCUAUCAAGGGGUUCUGUGAAGGAAUUUAUUCUUGAAAUAUGGAAAGGACAUCGCUACAAACUCCAUUCUUCUAUAUAUCUUUGUCAAAAGUUGAUCCACUUGGAGCUAUUUAAUUGUCUUCUAAAACCUCCUCUCACAUUCAUUGGUUUUAAAAGUUUGAAAAGCCUCGAUCUUCAGCACAUCACUAUGGAACAAGAUGCAUUUGAGCAUCUCGUAUCGAGCUGCCAUUUGCUUGAGCGGCUUACACUGAUGAAUUUUGAGGGUUUCUCCGAUCUUAAAAUCCAUGCACCAAAUCUCCUCUUCUUUGACGUUGGAGGCGUCUUUGAAGACAUCAAUUUCAUGGACACAUUCAACCUUGCCAUAGUUUCUAUUGGGUUAUAUGUGAAUCCUGGAUUUGACAAAAAUCUUACUCUAGGCAGUGCUGGAAACUUGGUCAAGUUUUUUGCUCAUUUACCUCGUCUUCAAAGGCUCGAAGUACAGAGCUUUUUCUUGAAGUAUCUGGCUGAUGGUAAGGUACCGGGAAGACUACCUACGCCUUGUGAUGAGCUUAGUUUUCUUUCAAUACGCAUAAAUUUCAACCAUCUGGAUGAGUGUCUGGCUGCACUUUGUCUUCUCAGAAGUUCCCCUAACCUACAGGAGCUUGAGAUGUUGGCACGCACAGAAGAACAAAGUGCUUUGAGAACCGUUGCCAGUGUCAUGGAAGAAAACUACCAGAAUUGUAUGUUUAAUCAAUUGCGGCAUGUGAAGAUUGCUGGUAUAUCUGGGCUUAAACAGGAGCUAAAUUUCAUCAAUUUUCUGCUUGCAAAUUCACCUAUUCUUGAAAGGAUGACAGUUAAGCCAGCUUCAGUAGACGGUGCAUGGGAUAUGCUAAAAGAGUUGCUUCGCUUUAGGAGAGCUUCAGUACAAGCCGAGAUCGUUUACCUUGACCCUUAAUUGAUAGUAGCAUAUCUAAGAUUGGGAGCCUGAGGUCUAGUAAGAUCUCGGGGUGUUCACUUUGGAAUUUGACUAUAUUUGUUUAGCAUCUACUCUUAGAAACUGAGGUACGCUGUCUGAUAAAACUGAUGUUAAAUGAAAGUAACAAUGUAAUCGUUUAGGAGUCUUGUGAACUUUUCAGACGUCUUCGUGGAAGCCUUGAAAUUUAGUUGCAUAGUUGUACUUGUUCUGUAGAUAGGGAGAUGAGUUCAGAGGGCAACGGAGCCCUCCUGUUCUUCUCUUAUGGCAAAUUCCAGUAUUAUGUCUUGUUCUUUGGUACAAGUGGUUCUCAAACAUGUGUUAUUAUUGUCUUGAAGAAGGGAGUUGAGCUAAUGCUUCGUAA